AUGGCUUCAGCGUUUCCGCCAUCAGCCAAACGGGCCCGAACAGCAGCUGAAGCCCCUUCAGUCAGGAAACAAGGCAAAGAAGUCAGCAUUCCAUGGGAUGAAAUCUGUCCAACCUUCAUAAGUGAAUGGUUGGAUACAUUUAGUAAGGCCAACAACACUACAAGAGACAUCCUGCUAGCCAGUGUCUUGCCAACUGUGGCAUGCUUGAUGGGGCCCUCAACCGUCAAGGUUGACUGUAGAAUACUGGCAGAAACUGUAAACCUCUACAUGAUCUGCUUGUGUGACCCCGGGGCAGGGAAGUCCCCUGCCUUUCAACACGGCUGUGCACAGCCGAUAAGGUUGCAUGUGGAGGCAAAAGAGGAUAACCCUUUAUUUGUCGAUGAAUUUACGGAAGCUGGGCUAUUCCGGCAGCUCAAAUCAACUCCUGGCCAUAAAGCCAUCAUUGGCAAGGAGGAAGCAUCCCAGUUUUUUGAACAGCUGCUGGGUGCUUCCAGGGAAAAGAGCCGCAUAGACAUGGAGCGCAUGAUCCAGUUAUAUGACGGAAGCACAUGGGUUUAUACACGAGGAGACAAGUCAGCACGUCAAGUCAUUGACAGCCCAGGGGUGUCAGUGAGUGGCUACAGCCAACCCAACCGCUUCUUUCCAAUUUAUGUGAAACUAAAGGAAAGGCAGGAUGGUGCAGUGGACAGGAUUCUUAUGUACCAGCCUUUGCCACAUCGUCUGGCAGCACGUGAAACUAGAGAUUUUAUCACCAAACUGAAUCAUUCUGAAGUGAAAGAUCUCAGGUAACUUUUUGUUUAUGGCAAGUUUUAAACAUAUGUUGAUGGAACAAUUUAACUGACCUGAAUGUUUUGGGUCCAUACAUGUAAGUAGGUGUACACUACAGAAAAAAUGUUAUAUAUAUAUAUAUAUAUAUUUAUAUAUUUAUUUAUUUAUAUAUAUAUAUACAAUGAACACAGCAACAGCUUACCAGGAUAGAAACUUUGUACAACUCUUUGGAGUUUCAGGUUAUUCUAGGACAAUAGGCAUGAGUUAUUUUGUCCCUAACAAUGUUAAUAUGAUUGUCCUGAAAGCUGGCAAGGGUUAGCCUAUUCACUCAUGGAAGUACAGACAAGUUACCUCCUUAAUACGGACACCAAAGGUACAGAGCUAAGUGUCCGUGUUACAGAGGUGUCCAUAUUAUAGAGGUAGGGAGUGUAUGAUUUUUAGCAUUUCUGGGACCAAGAGAUCUGUCUGUAAAAGAUUGGUGUCCGUAUUAUAGAGGUGUCAGUAAGGAGAGGUUCGACUGUACAAAAAAUGUAAGAAGUAAGAAAAAAAUGUUUUUAAAUUUCAGGGCCAUCUAUUCUGCCAUAUACGAGUUUUCUCAUUCUGAAAAUGGCCCUGCAACAUACUCCCUAGACAGAGCGGGCAAUGCAAGGUAUGAGGAAUUCAUAGAUGGCAUCUCUGCCUCCCUGAACAGCCAGUGGGCAAGAAACAUCUGCCCAGAAGAUGUCUCCAAAGAUGAUAGACAUGUACUGCGGCUGGCAGUAGUUCUACAUGUUUUAUAUGACCAACUAACAAAAUUCCUUCAAGGACAAGAAAAAUCCCCACCAUCACAAGUUAUUAGCAGCACAACAAUUCAGAGGAGCAUUACACUGUGCAAAUACUUCACAGCACAGAGAAGAAUCCUUGACCAGGUAAGUGGUUGUUCAAUAAUUAAUUAUUGGACAAGGUUGAGCAAAAUAUCCUGAUUUGUCAGUGGUGAGCAGGUCAAUUAUUUGUCGAAGCCGAUGGCUGAGGCAAAGAAUUGAUCUGCGAGACACUGAAAAAUCAAGAUAUGUUGUGAAAACCGAGUUCAAUAAUAAUUGUUUUAUCAUUUGAUCAAUAAGUUUGUUUUUACUGUAAGUUUGUUUUUCGUGGACACAACUUUGCGUGAGCAGAAUAUUAUUUAUAGCUAAAUCAUUGUUGGACCCGUAUGCGCAUGAGAAGACCAUUAUUUGUAGGCAGUUAUUUGCAGGUCACGUGGUAGGCUCUGAGCCAAUGAAAAGGAUGGAAAAAAUGAAUCAAAUGAUUAUAAAAUUUAUGUGUGACUGGUUUAUGGAGGCACAAAUGAACCAACAGCAAAUGCUCUUAACACCAGUAACAGGGAUUAAGAAAAGGGAAACCAUUUUUUUGUAAUAAUACUGGAGUCUUGGAUUAAAUCGCCCAGGGUAAUGCCAAAGUAGUUCAAUACUUUCAGCAUCAACAAAAAUGAUAAAAUACAUUGUGUAGUUGGGCAAUAGUGUAGUUAAGCUAGGUGAUUUCACCAUGUUUCUUUUACAUGUUCAAAUAUAUUGUGAGAGAUAUAAACUCAAAGAAAAAACCAUUUUCUCUUUCAAGAAUUGAAUUACAGUUGAAAAAUUCCGCUGAAUGAUAAUUUCUAUACUCCCAUUUCCUUGUUUUUCUUUGCCCUGUCCUAGUUUUAGGAACUUCCUAUGGAUGGUUCAAGAAAGUUGUAAUCCUUUAUUAAACAAGGCUGCAAAUAAUUUUUUUUUAUAAGCACGUCAUUUGUCAGGUCAGAGACCAGAUGUGGCCUCACAAGGAAAUUUAUAGUAUGGUCAGACAAAAAAAUUCCAAGUGAAAGAGCAAAAUUAGGAGUUCAACAAUACAACCUAUUUCACUGCUUUAAUUGCACAAUAUGAAUCACAGACAGGAGCUAUAACAGUUGUAUCAGUUCACUUAUCAGUCUUCAAUGACUUCACACCUAAAAAGACUCUCCUCAGAAGAUUCAUCUGACUCAUAAGCUGCGCAACCACCAACGCAAUUUUCUCUCACACACUACAUGUUUUUCUGUGCAAAUGGAGCAAACAGCCGUUAUCGUUUACGCCAGGGAAAAAAUGUGUCAGACAUUUAGAUCCUGCUGAUUUGUCACAAACAUCAAACCAAUGUAAAAACUCACCCUUUUACUAGGUUUGUAUAUGCCCUUGGCGAACUAAAGCUUCCUAUUUUUGGCUUUGUGGGAUUGGAAUGUCUGUUUUAUGUGCCAGUCAAAGUAAACCCCGACCUCCCCAACCCCAGGCUAAGGUUGGGAUUAGUUCUGGAUGGAAUACAAAACCUAAUUUUUUCCCCUGGGCAACGUAAUUAAUUAAUGUUUGCACUCUCCGCGUAACAUGAAUGACAAAUUAUCAGUCAGUGCAAAAGUACCGGCAAUAAAAGAGAGGGAUGUAGUUCUUCAUGAUCUAAAAAAUAUAAAGAAACAUGGGAGUGAAAAAAUACAAGGAAAGCAGCCAAUAAAAUCCCUUUCUAACUUUAUUUGCUUUUUAUUUCGUGAUGUUCACUUUAACUGGUUGAAUACCUUAGUUUAUGCAUACAUGUAAAUCACAAAACCAAGAUCCCUCAGGAACACUCAUUCCUAUUAUGUUUUGCAGCUUGUCUCCUCUGAUUCAGAGACCGCCCCAGCUGACAACUACGAAAGGCAAAGGCGCAUCCUCCUAUGUAAAGGGCCUUUUGUAUCAACACGUCUGGCCCAGCGCAAUUUUAGUGGGAAUGCAAGGCCAUCUGCUGCUGUUUUAAGUGACACCAUGCAAAUUUUGGCAACAGACGGCUUUGGCACAGUCAAAACCAUUGAAAGAAGCACCGUCUUCUUCAAGAAGCUUCCAGCGGAUCUCAGUGAUGAUGUCUUGGCCAUGUAUGAGGUGCCUCGGGAAAGGUACCUCCUCGCCUUUAAUGAGCGUGCAGACAAGUCCAUCAUCAAUAAGGAUUUAUUCAACAGAUUUCUCACCCACUCACCGCAUGAAGACCGCUUAAAGAACGAGCACGGUAUCACACCAGAGGAGGACUAG